GUUAUCAGCUGAUAAAAUAAUUUAAUUCUUUGUCAUCAAUAACAUUUCACAAGCACAAAUAAAAACUAAAUAAUAAAAUAAAAUUAUAAUUAUUGACAACAAAAAACGUAAACCAGUAAUUCAAUUAAACAAUGUCAUUGUUCUAUAAUAUGGAAAAACAAGAUUUAGAAACACUGGGAUUGAGAAUAAAGCUGAUCAUUGUGGACUGUUUUGAUCAUGAAUAUCGAAAAGAAAUUUGGAACAAAUAUUCACCAUCAUAUGAUUCUAUUCGAAAUUUGGAUGUAAAUAUAUUAAAGGAAGAUAAGAUCUAUGAAUAUAUAAGGAAUACGAACUUCGUGUAUUACUCGUCAAUCAUCAUUGUGAUCAAUUGCUACUAUUAUCCUUGUCGCGCUAGAAACUUGCGUUUAGUAAUUGAAGCAAUUGAGCGUAAUACACAUUUACGCUACAACUUAAAAGUGAUUUGUACUUUUUAUGAUAUUUUACCAACAUUUUAUAAAAAAUUUAAUUUUGAAACUAUCAAAGGAUUAUUCUUAACAGAUUACUACACUUUUGUAAUGAGUAAUUUGGAAAACGCGUUCUUUUUUCAAGACUAUCAUGAGAAGUCUGGCGACGCAAUGUUACACAAUUUAUUAAAAAUAUUAGAAAAUCAACCAUUUAUAUCAGCUAAGGAAUUGCACAUGAUUUUGAAAAUUUUCUGUGCAAUAUCGGUGAUAUCAAAAGCAAAUGUUGAUUUAUAUUUUAAUAAUGUUAAUCCAGCCUUAGCAAUUAUCAUCAAUCAAUAUUAUUUUGCAAAUCACAACACACGUGAGGGCAGCGAAAAGGAUGUUCAGCAAUUAAUACAACAAUUUCAAAUCUCCAGAACACCUUACAUUGUUAUACAAGAUUUUAAACGAUCGGAAAUUUUAAAGUUGAUCGAAUUCUUGAGUUGUAAAGAUCUCAGUGCGCUUAUGUGUUUAUAUUUCAUAACAAUGACUCAUGGAAUGGAAAAUAACAUCAUUUACGCAAGUGAUACGAAAGUAAAUUUUAUAGAAGACAUUUUAAAUCCUAUACAAUCGAAUGUUUUCUUAAAGGAUACACAUAUAACAUUCGUCAAUGUCCACUGCCGUGGUAGUAUUGAUGCUGCUCAUAUGGAUCAUGAUGAUUCGGAAAAUAUUUUGCCCACCAAAAUUGAACAGUUGCAACCCAAUGUUACGGUAUUUUACAGCGUUCCCGAUUUAGUGACCUCACCAAGAUGUACGAAAAGUGGUACACCAUUUAUAAACAGCUAUUGUAAAGUUUAUUUAGAAUUGAAGUGUUCGUCAAAUAUCGAAAAACUAUAUGAGAAAAUUACAAACGUCUUAAAAAAAAAUAAUUAUUAUUACGGUAAUCUUGAUUGCUGUGGAAAAUCUGCGGAAUUAGUUGUGGCAGAUAAAAGAACAACAAACCAACAUUGUAUUAAACCCCUGUCUACUAGUGCUUUGACAACAGUUCCAUGUUUUCAAUCGAUUAGAAACGAAGUUCCUGCACUGUUCCACCAAGAUCACAACAAUAUCAUAAAUGCGAAAAACAAAGAUCAAACGGCUAGACCAUUUUCUUUGUAUACCAAUGAUAGAGUAAACAAACUUUUUUAACUAAAUUGUCCCAAGACUUAGGCUUUAAUAAUUACGAAGUGAAAUUAGACAAGGAACUAGCGAAUCGUAUCUGGAGGUAUUACGAAAUGGAGAGGAGAUAUAUUAAUCGUUUGAAAGAUGGAAAACAUGAAAUAUUACCUACAGAAUUAAGUCAAAUUAUUCCAAAAUAUGAUAUUAACUACCAUGACGAACGUGAGGAAGCAUGUCUCGCUAAAGAACUUUAUCAGAGUCAAUUAAAUCCAUCUAAAAUUAUUGGACCAUUACUUGGGCCUUAAUAAAUACGAAGUGAAAUUAGACAAGGAACUAGCGAAUCGUAUCUGGAGGUAUUACGAAAUGGAGAGGAGAUAUAUUAAGCGUUUGAAAGAUGGAAAACAUGAAAUAUUACCUACAGAAUUAAGUCAAAUUAUUCCAAAAUAUGAUAUUAACUACCAUGACGAAUUUGAGGAAGCAUGUCUCGCUAAAGAACUUUAUCAGAGUCAAUUAAAUCCAUCUAAAAUUAUUGGACCAUUACUUGGGCCUUAAUAAUUACGAAGUGAAAUUAGACAAGGAACUAGCGAAUCGUAUCUGGAGGUAUUACGAAAUGGAGAGGAGAUAUAUUAAUCGUUUGAAAGAUGGAAAACAUGAAAUAUUACCUACAGAAUUAAGUCAAAUUAUUCAAAAUAUGAUAUUAACUACCAUGACGAACUUGAGGAAGCAUGUCUCGCUAAAGAACUUUAUCAGAGUCAAUUAAAUCCAUCUAAAAUUAUUGGACCCUUACUUGGGCCUUAAUAAAUACGAAGUGAAAUUAGACAAAGAACUGGCGAAUCGUAUCUGGAGGUAUUACGAAAUGGAGAGGAAAUAUAUUAAUCGUUUGAAAGAUGGAAAACAUGAAAUAUUACCUACAGAAUUAAGUCAAAUUAUUCCAAAAUAUGAUAUUAACUACCAUGACGAACUUGAGGAAGCAUGUCUCGCUAAAGAACUUUAUCAGAGUCAAUUAAAUCCAUCUAAAAUUAUUGGACCAUUACUUGGGCCUUAAUAAAUACGAAGUGAAAUUAGACAAAGAACUGGCGAAUCGUAUCUGGAGGUAUUACGAAAUGGAGAGGAGAUAUAUUAUUCAUUUGAAAGAUGGAAUAAAUGAAAUAUUACCUAUAGAAUUAAGUAAAAUUAUUCCAAAAUAUGAUAAUAACUACCAUGACGAACUUGAGGAAGCAUGUCUCGCUAAAGAACUUUAUCAGAAACAAUUAAAUCCAUCUAGAAUUAUUAGAUAUAAUGCUAGGAGUCCUAUUCCACCCCCGGGUGCUUUUCGGCCGUUACGAUAUUUACAACAACGUACUCACACG